AACAGACUGCGGUCUAGUGUCAUGCUAUGGUUUCCUACCCAACUUUACACCUACAGUACACUGAAACAGGAAAUUAAGACGCCUGAGCAAAGAGCAGCAUGCGCGCUGUAUUCUGAGAGGAGCUGCUCACAUAAAGUGCAGCUACAAAACUUUUAUCGCAUGUGUUUUCAACAGGACAUUAAACUAAGGAGUCCCUAAACAACUUGAUGCAGCGGUGUUUGUGAGAAUCAACCUACACUGUCUCACUUUCAUGUGACAAAACACUCAAUCAGCAAAGAUGAACGCGACAGAUGGCAACUGCAGUACGCCUUCGGCAGAGUACCAGUACUACUUGUUCCCGGCGGUCUACAGCUUAGCAUUGGUUGUAGGUCUACCAGGAAAUCUGGCGGCCUUCUUCGUCUUCACCUUCAGGUGCAAUCCCCGCACAGGCUUCAGUGUUUACAUCAGCAAUCUGGCUCUGGCAGACAUUGUCAUCCUUUGCACUCUGCCCUUUAAGAUCCACUACCACCUCCACAGGAACAACUGGGUGUUUGGGGACGCCGCUUGCCGCGUCACCGGGAUUCUGUUCUUCGCCAACAUCUACAUGAGCAUCUGUUUCAUGACUUGUAUCUGUGUGGAUCGCUACAUGGCCACUGUGCACCCUCACACCUAUCUGAGGAUGCGGAGCCCCCGGUGCUCUCUGGUUGUGAGUGUGGUGCUCUGGUGUGUAGUUUUAGUGGCUAUGCUGAUCUUUGUCCUCAUGGGACCUCUGGAAACCAACAAUGACGAAUCGGGAAGCCACAGCUGCUUUGAGAAUUUCGCCCAGAAAGAGUGGAGCUCACGCUUGGUGGUGUACAGCAUGCUGUGCCUGACCGCUGGCUCCCUGCUGCCCUCCGUGAUCAUCCUGGUGUGUUACCCGCUGGCUGCGCGGCGCAUUUCCAUGAUACGGACUAAAACAGCCCAAAAAGCCGUGAGGGUCAUUUACACCAUCCUGGCUAUAACGCUGCUCUGCUUCCUGCCCAACCAUGUAGUGUACCUGCUGCACCUCCUCCGACGCAUGGAGGUCAUCCAGAGCUGCUCCUCUGUCAACGCCAUCCACAACGCCAGGCGCAUCACCAUGGCGCUCGUCAUCCUCAACACAUGCCUGGACCCCGUGCUUUACUACGUCACCACCAGCCACUGCAAAUGGAAGCAGUUAAAGAUGACAUGGCUGUGCAGAAGAGUUGGGAGGAGGAGGGGUGUUUAUACCAUUGCAGUGAGCUGAAGGGUAACAGCACAUGUAUACUGUAAUUAGAUCUCUUUACAUGCUUCAUUGUUAAUGUAACGUCACUAUUGCAAAAAUGAGACUUUUCUACAAAAGUGUUUAUUCGAAUUGGCUUUGUACAUCAAAAAUAAAGGGACCGAAUUUGAGGAUCUUUUUUUCGCUUAAUCUUGUGCAGUUCAGUCUAUAAAUGAGUCCAUGAAAGAGUCUGCAACAUCACG